AUUUGAUUGCUUAUGUUGGCGAACUGUCUACGUCUUAACCGUUGCGCUCUUUUGAAUAAUCUUUUAUUAUUUAUUUGAAUACUUAAGACUCUAUUUGUAAACAAGUAAAACUUAUAUUGCGCUUUAAAUAAAUUUUUGCUUUUUAACUUUAAUAAUUGUAGUCAUAUUUUAAUUUCAUCGGUUUACAUUAUAAAGAUGCCAAGUGUAAUAAACAAUAGUAUUGACGCAACUCGACCAGUGGACGGCACCAAAAUGCAGUUAGAUUCGUUGGAAUUGGCUGGUUGUACACUAGACCGGUAUAUUAGCGCUGAUAAUUCGCGCCCUUCGUUUUUAGAGAUCACUGGAAUAGCAACUCAAAGAAGUCCAACAUGCAGUGGUCUCAAUGCAGGGGACUACAGGAACCUCGCGGCUCUAGUGAAUCAUCCCAGCUUAUCUCAAUUGAAGAUAUUAAAUAAAGUUCCUUUACCACCUGAAAUUAUGGAACACUUUGCUCAUAUGCAGUGCCAUUGUCUAAUGGGAGUAUUUCCAGAAAUCAGCAGAGUAUGGCUAGCUAUAGACAGCAAUAUAUAUGUAUGGGCCUUUGAGCAUGGUAGUGAUGUAGCAUAUUUUGAUGGUUUAGGAGAAACAAUAGUCAGCGUGGGCUUAGUCAAACCUAAAUCCGGAGUAUUCCAGAACUUUGUUAAAUAUUUAUUAGUUCUCACAACAACAGUUGAAAUAGUAGUCUUAGGUGUAACAUUUUCCUCUAGUAAAAAUGAUGGGUCGGGAGAAUUCCAAGAGAUACAUCUGGUUCCGGAGCCUGUAUUUGUGUUGCCAACUGAUGGCAUAUCGAUGAUGUGUGUCAAGUCUACUGCUAAAGGCAGGAUCUUCAUGGGCGGGAAAGAUGGAUGUUUGUAUGAGAUCACAUACCAGGCUCAACUGGGUUGGUUUGGUAAACAUUGUAAAAAAGUAAAUCAUUCUACAAGUACUCUCUCAUUCCUGGUGCCGACAUUCCUCAGUGCUGCCUUAUAUGAUGAGGAUCCAAUAGUUAAGAUUGAAGUAGAUAAUUCUAGACAUAUUCUAUACACACUCAGUGAAAAAGGUUGUAUAGAAGUAUUUGAUUUGGGCGUAGAUGGAGAAGGACUGAGCCGAGUCAUGAGGCUAAGUCAAGGAAAGAUUGUGUCUUCAGCUGUUGAAAUUGUCAAGACUUUGGAACCUGGAAACUUCAAGCCAGUAGUAGCAAUCUCUGCUGUUGAUGAAUCAGAGUCAGAUCAUCUGAAUCUUGUUGCUGUUACCCAAACAGGAGCCCGAUUGUACUUCACUACUGGAGAUGGAGAUCCAAACCAAAACGGUCCCCAGCGUCCACACUACCUUACGUUGCUGCAUGUGCGUCUGCCGCCGGGAUUCACGCCUAACUCUUCAGUGCUAAAACCUAAACAAGUACAUAGUGCUGUCUAUGAGAAUGGGUCUUUGGUAAUGGUGUGUUCUGCGGGCGGCGGCGGCGAGGCGGAGGCGCUGUGGUGCCUGUCGCGCGUGCUGGCGGCCGGCGCCAGCUUCAGCGAGUCGCACACGCUGCUGGCGCUGGACGGGCCCGCCUGGGCACUCACCGCGCUCCCACAUCAUCAUUCCAAACAUCUCUCACCAGCAAUGCUGUCCAAAAAAGAGGUUUGGAGCGUGUCCCGUUGGGCGGUGGUGACGUCAGCGGGCGCGUGCGUGGCGGAGGCGGGCGGCGCGCCCGACCUGCUGCGCGCGCUGCUGCGGGACUGUCGCGGACCUGACGCACAUCCCGUCAAGGACUUCUUCCAGUUAUACAGCGUGGAGCAAGCCUGCGCAUGCGCACUUUACCUAGCGUGUGAAGAUAUAACCAGCGGCGACCUAUCUAUAAGCGAGUGGGCGACGCGCGCUUUCUUUUUGUACGGUAACCAGAUGGCGGCGACACCGUCACCGAUGUUCCAACAACCUUCGCAAAUGCCUUCCAUAAAUUCUCCAAAGUUCUCACCACGCCAGAUGUCGACUCCUAUGACAGUUAGAGGCCCACAAGGUCAAAUACAACAGGGUAAACUGAACCAGUCUUACCAACAAGCACCUAUGAACCAGUCCUUCCCUGGCUCACCCAACCAGUCUCUAAUGCCUCAGUCUCCCUUCCAUCAGAGUAUGAUGAGCCCUGGCUUCAACCAGUCAUCAUUUGUUGGGAACAUGACACAACAGCAAAGAGAUCCUAAUUUCGUACCUCCAGUAGAGUAUACCGCGAAGCAUAAUGGUCUAUACAUAUACAUUGGCAGAAUCUUGGCUCCGAUAUGGAACCUCAAAUGUGUUUCCGUUUCUCAAUCACCUGAUCGCAAAGAGUUCAUGAGUAGCAGAGUGACAGGCGAAGAUUGUGCUUACAUAGUUCAAAAACUCCAACGCGUAUCCGCCUUUAUGCAAAGAACAUUGGCUCCUCCGCAUUCCGACGAGCACGCUUCUUUGCAGGCUCUCAAACUAUUUAUAACAAUGGCGAUUGAAAUGUUAAGCUUAUGGAAAGUUCUCUGCGAACAUCAGUUUCAUGUGAUAGCCGCUAGUCUUCCACCUGAUCAACAAAAUGCAUUGCAGGCUGCUAGUUUUAGGGAAUUAUUAGUAGGUGGUCAAGAAGUAGCAUGUUUACUUCUCGGAUCUCUAGUCGCUGGUUACUUGAGGGACAACGCCUCGGUGGACGGCAUUUCACAGAAGCUGAGACAACUCUGUCCUACUUUGUAUAGACAAGAAGAUGCUACUUGUUCUAAGGCCAACGAAUUAUUAAUAUUCGCGAAGCAACAAAAGAAUCCGGCUGAGAGAGAAGAAAUGCUUCAACAUGCUCUAAAGUUGUGUAAAGAUGUGGCACCAAACGUCAAUCUACCAUUGGUUUGUGCCAAGCUGGUGUCGGCGGGCUUUUACACCGGUGUUGUGGAGUUGUGCGUGGCCUGUGCCUCUAAACUGGACCCGCAAGAUAAAGCUGUUCACUAUUAUAAGAGCGACCAGCCUUCACAGGAUAGAGAGGGACAUUUUAUAUACUACAGAAGAAUGGAGAUAUACCGCGAGGUGUGUUCAGCGCUGGAGCGCCUGUACGAGCGCAGCGCAGAGGCCACCACCAGCGAGCCCUCGCCGCUGCGCUCGCAGCCAACCAACGACUCCAUGCUUACCAUGUCCCCGGCAGACGCUAAUUACCAGGGACGAAAAUUAGUGUGGGAAUGUCUUUCUCGAGAUGACGAACUUUUACAUGUAGCUGUGUAUGAGUGGCUGGUGUCGAAGAAUUUGGGAUCAGAGCUGCUGUCGCUGGGCCGCGCGCCGCCGGGCUCGCUGCGCACGUACCUGGCGGCGGCGGCGCGCUCGGCGGGCGCGGGCGCCGCGCUCACGCUGCUGGACCUGCUGUGGAAGGUGCUCGAGAAGAGCGGCGACCACCUCGCCGCCGCCAACGUGCUCGAGGGACUCGCCACCAGGCCCGGGUCUGGCGCGACGCUGGCGCAGCGCAUGUCGUGGCUGUCGGCGGGCGUGGUGUGCGUGCGCGGCGCGGGCGGCGGCGGCGGCGGCGGCGAGCUGCUGCGGCGCCUGGAGGAGGCGGGCGAGGUGGCGCGCGUGCAGGCCGCCGUGCGGGCCGCCGCGCGCGCGCUGCCGCCGCCGCUGCAGCCGCACCGCCAGCUGCUGCAGCGCCUCGACGACGAGCUGCUCGAGAUCACGCAGCUUUACGAAGAAUAUGCUGAUCGUUUCAACCUAUGGGAGUGCAAGUUAGCAAUUGUGCAGUGCUCUGGCCAUAACGACGCUUUGCUCGUCGAAAACAUCUGGACGAAUAUCCUGGCCGAAGCAGAGGCCGUUGCGAGGAGCCUGCCGACGCCUGACGAGCGACUCGCAUCCGUACUCAGCAAGCUGACCACUCUCGGCAGGGAUUAUGUUAACACCGGGCACUGUUUCCCAUUAUAUUUCAUUGUCCGUCAACUAGAAAUAAUGAGUUGUAAGCUACAAGCAGAUAGAGGAAUGGUGUUUAGAACAAUUUUAAAUAUCGGCGUGUCACUAGAGCAGGUGCUGGACAUCUACAUCAAGCUCGUGAGCGUGAAUGAGCGCGUGUGGCUGGGCUGCGGCGACGAGUCUCACGUGUGCCGCUGCGCCGCGCUGCUGCUGGACGUGGCGCGCGCGGAGCUGGCGCCGCUGCCGGUAGCGCUGCGCCGCCGCGCGCUCGCGCGGUGUAAGGACCUGCACGAGGCCGCGCUCUCCGCGCUGCAGGCGAGGCCUAACACUCAACGUCUGAUCGACCGUCUGUCAGUGGCGCAGGCGCACUUGGACCGCAUGGAUUGAAUAUAGAUAUAGUUAUUAGAGUAAGGUAUCCUCUUAAGUCUACAUAAUUAUGAGAACAUUACGUAAUACAAAACCGAGAGCUUACCAAAUUGUUAAACUUAAAUUGUUUUUGGUUGUGU